AUGCUGAGCUCUUGUAUCCGAGGAGCAGCAGACGUGGAGCAAAAGAGAGGAAGGCAAAAAAGAAGGAUAUCAGAGGGGGGAGAUAGGGACAACACCUCAUCAAGGAGAGACGGACAGAUUGAAAGGUUGUGGGCUUCACAUAAUAAAGCAUAAAUAUGACCUUGGCAGCAUAUCGAGAUAAGGUGAAGGAACUCCCUCUAGUGUCACUUCUAUGCUCCUGCAUAAACUUAAACCCUGCAGACAGUCCCCCAUACAAGGCUGAGGAUGCUGUGGAUCUCAACUGGUGUGUGAUCAAAGAUAUGGAGGUCAUUGAGCUGAACAAGCGAAGCUCGGGCCAGGCAUUUGAGGUAAUCCUGAAGCCGCCCUCAUUUGAGGGUGUACCAGACCUCAACACAUCCAUGCCCCAGCGAAAGGACCCCUCUCUGGAGGAGAUCCAGAAGAAGCUGGAAGCAGCCGAGGAGAGGCGGAAGUGUCAGGAGGCUGAGAUGUUAAAGCAUCUCGCUGAGAAGAGAGAGCAUGAGAGAGAGGUCAUCCAGAAGGCAUUUGAGGAGAACAACAACUUCAUCAAGAAUGCUAAAGAGAGGCUGGAGCAAAAGAUGGAGGUCAUCAAAGAGAACCGUGAGGCUCUGCUUGCAGCCAUGCUGAAAAGACUACAGGAAAUGGACAAACACGCAGAGGAGGUAAGGAAGAACAAAGAGCUGAAAGAGGAGGCCUGCCGGUAGAGGAGUGCCAGCUGCACAGGACCACUUUGGCUAGUCAAGGGGACAAGAAAUACGGUGACAAAACUGGAGAAGAGAAAAAAACAAAGCAAACGGUAGCCAAUACAUCUCAAUAGAGGGGACAUAUUGGACAGUGAUAAAGACAAUUUGCAACACUCUAAGCUUUUGUGGGGUUUAACAACACCAAAACUACUUAAUGUUAUUUAAAAAAAUAAUAAUAAUAUAUAUAUAUACACACACACACACACACACACACACACAAAUAAGAAAAAAAAAAUAUUGUCUGGAUGGCAGUGCAAGGCACACUAAGGGUAUUUUGCUUGGUUGAGUAAAGAAAUGUUGAACUUGAAGUGAUAACAAUGGAGAGAUGUUUUUAAGACCCCCACAACCAAUACAUAUAAAUGUGUUAACCUAAGAUUACCACAAACCACAUCUUAAAGUAAUCAUUCAUGUAUUGAAAUAUCUCUUUACAAGCAGCUUUUUUCAAAACAUGAGCCAUCUACUGAGGUUUUAGCUAUACAUGCAUAUGCGAUCAUUGUUUAAUGUUAAUAUUCAAUAAUCAAGAGGAUUUCACAGAACCUCAGGCAUGCAUAUUAUUGCCUAAUCAUCAUUGCAUCCGUAAUGCAGCCAUAAUCCAGGGAAAUUACAUUUCCUGCUAUGAUGAAAUGAAGUGACAAUGUGAAUAUUAGUUUAGAACAUUCUAGAUGCCUAUAAAUUUGAAACCUCAGACCCCCUCAUGGAGAAAAAGUGGAGCACCGUGACACUUUAAGCACAAAUCAAAAGCACAUUAAGCUUUGUCAUGCAUUAUGUUUGUAUCAUGUAACUUGAAAACACAUAAUGGCAUCUCAGAAACAAAUAGAGAAUGUACUCAGGUGUUAAGAGAAUGACUUACAACUAAAGAUAUUGAUUGGAUUUAGGAAGUUGUAAGAAGUUUGAAUGUUCAGCUUUAUGAAUGGUGCACUUUGCUUGGCAUGUCACGUAGCUUUCUUCUAGUCAUUGGUCUUCAUUUAUAUUACUUGUUCUAUACAAAGACAAAGGAGUUUGUGUUGGUGAUGUUGGCUGCAACUUUAAAAAUAAGUUGUAGUGUUUGCAAUGGGAAUUGACGUUAAUUGACCAGAUCAUUUGAUAAAAUGGAACUUACCUGCUCUGUGUGUUUGUAAUGCCCAGCUGACUAAAUUCUGUGAUUUUGCAAAGUCAAAUAAAUGCUUCUCUUCACUAAA